GAGAACUUCCAGAACUACAUCUACCAAACGAUAUGGAAAUGAAAAGGUUGAACGUCCUGCUUGCAGUUUACAUGAUCCUGUUAUUAAUCUCCUGUGCGGUGGCAAAACUUCGAAAGGAGAAGGAGAGGAAAAAGAUGCCGAAGUUGGGCGUGGAAAAUAAUAAUUUGUGUACAAUCGAAGGGAAUUCGGCGCCUUUCCAUUGCUUCUGUAGUGACGGUACGUCAACGGCGAACGCGACGAAGGCGAAAUGCUGGGUUUUUAAUGGAUUAACGCCGGAACACAGCCUUUGGACAUUGUUUUCGACGCAACCGUUUAUAACGGAGCUUAACAUAAUGGUAACGCCGAAUGGCGAAUUGAAUUUCAUUCCCACGAAAGGCCUGCAAUUCUUGCGCGACCUACAAACUUUCACGAUUCUGUACGGGGGUAUCGAGGAUAUUCACCCUUACGCUUUCGCUAAUUUAACAAAGGUGCACGAGAUAAAACUGGCGAGAAAUCGCGUAACGACAUUAAGUCAUCACGCCGUUGCCCACUUAGCGAACGUAUCCGUCAUAGAUUUGGACGAAAACAAAAUAUCGGAACUGAAUCGGGAUGUGUUUGUCGACUUGCCGUUGUUAAAAAAGUUGUUCCUCAAACAAAAUAAUAUAAGUGUGAUUCAAGAAGGUGCUUUUAGACAUUUGGGACAUUUAGUUGAACUUGAACUAGGCACUAAUGCAAUUAGUAUACUUACUAAGGACACAUUUGCCGGUUUGGGAGAACUUAAGAAGCUAUUUUUGAGUUACAACAAGAUUGUGAUGCUCGGUGAUUUGACGUUUGCGGAACUUUGGGUUUUAGAGGAAUUGGAUCUGGAAGCGAAUCAAAUUGAAUUCAUAUCUGAUCGGGCGUUUGCUGGUUUGACGCAUUUAUGGAGAUUGAACUUGAGCUACAACAAGUUAAAGAGUCUACGAAGCACGCUCCUCGAUGGUGUACCAGCAAUUAUUAAUUUCGAUCUGAGACACAACGACUUGGAAACGUUAACUUUGGAUAACAUCAAACCGAUUUUGCAUAAUUUCUACAACGAGAGCGGAUACUUCUACCUUGCAAAUUACGAAGACCUCAUUACGAUCCUCUUUUGUUUAUUGCUGGUGAACCCAUUCCAUGUGUAGUAUCGCACAAAUUUCUCGGUAUGAUUUUGGACUCAAAACUCAAUUGGAAACAGCACAUUGAUUGUCUCGUGCGGAAGUGCAAAUCUAGGCUGAACGUGAUAAAAUUCCUAUCAUCGACGCGUUGGGGAGCGGAUACGCGUAUCUUAAUACGCAUUUAUAAAAGUCUAGUAAUGUCACAACUAGAUUAUGCUUGUGUUGCCUAUUCCUCGGCCAGACCAUCCUUGUUAAGAAAGCUUGAUACUGUACACAAUCUUGGAUUGAGAUAUUGUCUCGGUGCAUUCCCCACUACACCUGUAAUGAGUCUCUACUGUGAGUCUAGUGUUGAACCGUUGUACAUAAGAAGAACGAAAAUGAUAUUGACCUACACCCUUGCAAUCAGAGCAAAUCACCAGCACAGAAACUGUGUUAUGCUUACCGAGAUCGAUAAUAGCUAUCAGCAAAAACCAACAAUUACAAGACCUCUUUCUAUCAGAGCAAAUGAAAUUGAACAAGAAACUAAUAUGUCAGCAUGCUCGGUAUAUCCUGAUACUAUCAGAGAAACACCUCCCUGGUUAUAUCCAAGUAUAAACAUCCGUCUCGACCUCACUGUGUGGGCUAAGCAAAACCACUUACCUGCAGAAAUGAAAAGAAGGCUAUUCGAAAUUUUGGCAGAGCUUUCCCCGGAUGUAACAAUCUAUACAGAUGGAUCACGAACUGAAUAUGGUGUUG